AUGAAAAAGUGUGGCUAUGAAAAGGUCAGUGAGGCUUUGUAUGUUUGGUUUCUGCAGUUCAGAGACAAAGGUGUGCCUAUUUCAGGGCCUAUUUUGCAGCAAAAGGCUUUGCAUUUUCGAAAGGAAUUUGAUGAAGGGGAGCCAGGUUUUACGGCCAGUGUUGGUUGGCUUGACAGGUGGAAGAAACGUUACGGAGUCCGCCAGUUAUGUAUUUGUGGAGAGAAAUUAUCUUCUGAUUUUGAAGAAAUGCAGACAUUCAGGAAAAAAUUUCUAGACCUUGUUGAAACGGAAAGCCUAACGGACGAUCAGAUAUUCAAUUGUGAUGAGACCGGCCUCAAUUACAAAUUGUUACCUAGUAAGAGCCUUGCAUCCAGAACUGAAGCAGCAGCCCCAGGAUACAAGCGUAGUAAAGAAAGGCUGACAAUUUUAGCAUGCAGCAAUGCAUCUGCAGCCCUCAAAAUGGACCUUGUACUGAUUGGGGUGUCCAAAAAUCCAAGAGCCUUUAAAAACAUCUCAAAGAGCGCUCUUCCUGUGAAGUACUACAGUCAAAGAAGUUUGUGGAUGAGCAGAGAAAUGUUCAAAGAAUGGUUUUUUAAAGAAUUUGUUCCUUCAACGGAGAAAUUUUUGAGAGACAAUGACCGUCCCAGAAAAGCAGUUUUGUUGCUAGACAACGCCCCGACACAUCCUGAUGCAGAGGAGCUUCAAGAUGGGAACAUUAAGGCUAUGUUUCUCCCACCUAAUGUCACCACCAUAUGCCAACCAAUGGAUAUUUGUACAGCGCUGGCUUGGGGUGAUGUUAAGGAUCAGACAAUUGUCAAAUCUUGGAAUAAAUUGCUAUGCGAGAAUGAAGCAGAUGAUGCAGACAUCAUGGAAAGCACAGAUGAAGACAAAGAUAGCAUUCUGCCCUUAGUACACCGUAUCCCAGGUUGUGAGGAUGUGUCUUCUCAUGAGGUUGACGGCUGGAUGAAAGAAGACGAUCAAUAUGAAAUCAUUGAUGAAGAAAUUGUGGCUCUUGUAAACAGUGGUGAUGGUGACGAAAUAGAAAUUGAUGAGCAAACAUUGUCUGUGCCUGUCAAAAUCUCUCAUGGCAAUGGGGUCAGGGCUAUAGAAACUGCAAUGAGGUAA